CAUUGUUUUACAAACGAUCCACACCGAGGGGGCUUUUCGAAAUUGUUACACGGUGACGCCUGAACAGCCGGCACGAGCCCGCGCCGCCGGCGAUGUUGCGCAGGGUCCUCGCGAGGGCGAUCCCACGCUCCGCCGCCUCCACCGGGUUGUCCAAACCUCUAAUCCCUCUCUUCAUCGGUGCCUCGCGCCUAGCCACUUCUCCUGGAGACCACGUCGCAGAUGGCGGCGGCGGCGGCGAGGAUGACCCCUUCUCCUUCCCGGACCAAUAUCUGCAGCAGCUCCCGCCCGACGUCGCCCGAGGGGUGGACUCCGUCGUCGCGGCGGCCCAGACUAAUGCCUCCAGUGCGGCGGACGCCGCGCGGGCCCUCGACCUGUGCGGCGCCGAAGCGUCCGAGCCGCUCGUGGUGGCCGCGCUUGCGCGCCUCCGCAACAGCUGCGCCGCCGCGCACGCCGCAUUCCGGUGGGCCACGGCGCAGCCCGGGUACGCGCCGGGCCGGCGCGCGUCCCACUCCAUGCUCGCCAUCCUCGCCAAGCACCGCCACUUCGACGACGCGCGCGCCCUGCUCGACGAAAUGCGCCGCGCAUCGACGGCCUCCCCGGCCGCGGUGCUUCUCCUCAUCCGGCGCCACUGCGCCGCGCGGGACGUCGCUGGCGCCGUCGCCGCGUUCCGCGCGCUACCGAACUUCGGAUUCCGACCUGGUGUCGCCGAGUUCCACGGCCUCCUGAGUGGGCUAUGCCGGUACAAGAACGUUCAGGACGCGGAGCACCUGCUCAUGUCCAGCCAGAAGGAGUUCCCCUUCGAGACCAAGAGCUUCAACAUCGUGCUCAAUGGUUGGUGCAACAUUAUCGGCAGUGUUCGGGAGGCGAAAAGGUUUUGGAAUGCCAUGGGGAAUCUGGGCAUUGACAGGGACGUUGUGUCGUACGGGAGCAUGAUCUCAUGCUUCUCAAAGUCUGGGAGUUUGGAUUCUGUCAUGAAGCUCUUUAACCGCAUGAAGGAGGCUGGCAUUACACCAGAUCGGAAAGUAUACAAUGCAGUUGUGCAUGCACUAGCAAAGGGACGUUGCGUGGAGGAGGCAAAGAUGCUUGUCCAGACUAUGGAGGAGAAGAAGGUUGCCCCGGACACAGCCACUUUUAACUCUCUCAUUGGGCCUCUUUGCAAGGCUCGUCGUGUUCAUCUGGCAAUGGAAACGUUUUAUGCUAUGUUAGGAAGGGGUCUGCCUCCUUCAGUGAGGACCUUUCAUGCGUUACUUAAUGUGGCCACUCCCACUGGGGUAUUUGAUCUGUUACAUAAGAUGAAAGAGUUACGCUGUGAGCCUGAGAUGGACACUUACAUUAUGUUGAUCAGGAAAUUCUGCCGAUGGAGGCAGUAUGAGAGUGUGGAGAAGCUAUGGAGUGCAAUGCCUGCAAAUGGGCUGAGCCCUGAUCGGAGUGCAUACAUUGUGUUGAUACAUGGAUUAUUCCUAAAUGGAAGACUAGAGGAGGCGUCAAAGUAUUACGAAGAGAUGAAAGCUAAGGGCUUUGCACCAGAGCAGAAGACUCAAGAAAUGAUACAAGCUUGGCUCGCGGGCAGAGAGCUUGCCAAGGCAUCAGCUUCAGGUUGUUCAAAGGGUGGUUCAGUGUCUCUCAGACUUCCCAGAAGGUGACAAAGUUAAGGUUAGCUCCGAAGGGCAAUUCAUAAAAGGAAACGAAACAGGAUAGAAGGGUACCUAUUAUGAUUCCCGAAUAACUCAUAAGUUCGAAAAGAUACUUGGCUGCACGGAAAACUGGGACUACUGUAUGUUUUUCGUAGUUAUUUGUCACUUGAUUGAUAAGUUGAAAACUGGAAUAUGGCAAGUCAUUUUCAGGUGGAUGCAUGCUAUUUGUAUUUCUUUGCAUUGAGCUUUUAGUGGGUACUGACCAGAUGUUCGAUUAUAUUUUUACAAAACUUCUCCUGAGCCAUGUAGGUUUUAAGCCCACCUGAACGCUUCCUUUAAUAUCUAAGGGGCACUACAGGUGAUUUUGCAAAUAAAAUCAGGGAAAAUGAGAUGGAAAAAGCAACGAGCAGAUUAACAUAGCUUUCUGAUCUGAUGAUUUUUGACAUUCUUGUUUCAAGAAAAAGCUGCAGAUACCAUACAGAGAUCCAUUAGGCGGUAGAUCCCAUGGAGGACAGUAGUGGGGCCUGAGCUGCCACUAGAAUUGAGCUGACUGAGGACAUUGCAAGGGCAAGAGAUCUCCAAGUCUCUUUUUUCAAGCAGGAGUUAAUACUUGUUUCCACCCAGCUGCUGUUCUGCAGGACCACUGACCACGCUUCCGAAACCUACCUGGCGCUUGAACUGUAAGCAGAAUCUGACGACAAGAUCACAUUGGAUUUGAAGCUGGGAGUGGGUGCUGCCAGCCUGCUAUUAAUCAAUGGCCAUUAUGCAUGGAUUCGUUCUGACGAUAGGGCUCAUCUCGUCUCUGAUAUGUGAAUACAUCUAAUCUAUGAGAUACCCUUUAGAUUGCUACCUUGUGGUUUAAAAUAAUGCCUUAGCAGCUGGCUGCUUAGAUCAUACUACUAGUAGCAUGGUCCAAGUCAAAGAGCUUAUCCUUGUACAGGCUGACGACCUUUCUGUCAUAUUCUCAAAGUUAUACGCAUCUCAACUGGAUCUUUAACGUUUAUC